AUGGCGCCCACCUCUUCCCAGACGCCAGCGCCUUCCCCGUCCCUGAAGCGCAAGCAAGCAACCAUCUCGAGCUUUUUCGGUGGAAAGUCCUCCUCUCAGCCAACAGCCUCCGACGACGCUACAACACCACAAAAAGCAAGCUCGAAGAAGCGACAGGUGCCGGAUGCGGAGUCAGACCUGCCAGAAGAAUCCAAACCCGACGAAGAGGAGGAUGAUGACAUCGUGGUGCCGCCGACCAAGCGCGCAAGAAUCGCAGCCAAAGGCGCGUCAAGUGAAGAGCCCAUACCGACUACCAAGGAGUUGAAUCCCGAUCAACCUCCCCAGCCUUCCCAACUUACCAGCAGCCAACGUACCGAUAUCUUCAAGUUCCAAAGCUCCCAAGCCACUGCACCCGCCGCCGACGAGGCCGACGCCGAGGACGAACAGUGGAAGAAAGAAAAGGAAAAGCUGCAUCAACAGUUUGUGAAGAAGUUGGGAGGACCCGAUUGUCUUAUUGGAAUUGGAAGAGCGGUUACAAAUGACCUCUCCGGCGCAGCGGAGGCGGAAGAAGGCGAUGAAGAGGACGAGCCCGCACCCGCGCCCACGAAGGGUAAGGGUGCGAAGAAGGGCGGCAGCAAGCUUACGCCGAUGGAAAAGCAAGUCAUUGAGAUUAAACGCCAGCAUAUGGGUACGGUAUUGGUCGUUGAGGUCGGCUACAAGUUCCGGUUCUUUGGCGAUGAUGCCCGAAUUGCGGCCAAAGAACUUGGAAUAAUGUGUAUACCGGGGAGAUUCCGAUUUGACGAACAUCCGUCAGAGGCUCACAUCGACCGCUUUGCUUCCGCGAGUAUUCCUGUUCACCGAUUACAUGUCCACGUCAAGCGUCUGAUCACGGCAGGCCACAAAGUUGGCGUUGUGCGGCAAAUCGAGACGGCCGCUCUCAAGGCUGCGGGGGAUAAUCGCAAUGCGCCAUUUGUGCGCAAAUUGACCAAUCUUUACACGAAGGGUACCUAUAUUGAUGAUGUUGAGGGUCUACAGGGCCCUACGGCUGCGACCGAGGGAGCCUCCCCUGCCACAGGGUACAUGCUCUGCAUCACCGAGACUAAUGCCAAGGGUUGGGGCAGUGACGAGCGUGUGCAUGUUGGUAUCGUGGCCGUUCAACCGAACACGGGCGAUGUGAUAUAUGACGACUUUGAGGAUGGGUUUAUGCGGAGCGAAAUCGAAACUCGACUUUUGCACAUUGCGCCCUGCGAAAUUCUGAUUGUUGGCGAGAUGUCCAAGGCUAGCGAGAAACUUGUGCAGCACCUGUCCGGAAGCAAGAUGAAUGUGUUCGGAGACGCAGUGCGUGUUGAGCGGACAGCGAAAAAAAAGACAGCGGCCGCCGAAGCACAUAGUCAUGUUUCCGGGUUUUAUGCAGGCAAGAUGAAUGCCACCGGCACGGAGGAGGAUGUUCAGGCAGCCAAACUGCUCCAGAAUGUCCUUGGGUUGCCGGAAAACGUUACGAUCUGUCUUUCUUCGAUGAUCGAGCAUAUGUCCGAGUACGGUCUGGAGCACGUCUUUGACUUGACGAAGUAUUUCCAGCCAUUCUCAGCUCGCUCACAUAUGCUAAUCAACGGGAACACUCUGGUCAGCCUGGAGAUUUAUCAGAACCAAACCGAUCACUCUGCGACGGGGAGUUUGUUCUGGACCUUGGAUCGGACACAGACACGAUUCGGCCAACGGCUUCUUCGACGCUGGGUUGGGAGGCCUUUGCUUGAUAAAGUCAGACUGGAGGAGCGCACUAAUGCCGUGGAAGAGCUCACGAAUCCUUCUCGAACGGUUCCUGUGGAGCGCGUGAAACGGCUAUUGAAUAAGAUCAAGAGUGACCUGGAGAAGAGUCUUAUUCGAAUCUACUAUGGAAAGUGCACCAGGCCCGAGCUCCUCACUGUUUUGCAGACCAUGCAGACGAUUGCAAUGGAAUUUUCAGACAUCAAGUCACCAGCAGAUGCAGGCUUUGAGUCAACUCUCAUCAGCGAAGCUGUUGCAUCUCUUCCAACAAUCCUAGAAGACGUCACUCGCUUCUUAAACAAAAUCAACAUGCACGCUGCCCGGAGCGACGACAAAUACUCCUUCUUCAGAGAAGAGGAAGAGACUGACGACAUCAGUGAUCAAAAAUGCGGCAUUGCUAGCAUAGAACACGAUCUACAAGAGCACCUCGCCGUGGCCGAAGAACGCCUAGGCCGAAAGAAGAUCGAGUACGUGACGGUGGCAGGAAUCGAAUACCUGAUCGAAAUCGAGAACAACUCACUCGCCAUCCGAAAAGUUCCAGCAUCAUGGGUUAAAGUCAGUGGAACGAAGAAAGUCUCUCGUUUCCACACACCAGAGGUCAUCCAAAUGAUCCGCCAACGUGAUCAGCAUAAGGAAGCUCUCGCCGCGGCCUGUGACAAAGCCUUCAAAUCCCUCCUGGCCGAUAUCGCAGUUCAAUACCAAUCCUUCCGAGACUGCGUCCAAUCCCUCGCUACAUUGGACUGUCUCCUCUCUCUCGCUGAGAUUGCAGGGCAACCCGGCUACGUCAAACCAGAAUACACCGACGAACCCUGCCUCCAUGUUGAGCAGGGUCGACACCCGAUGGUCGAGCGAAUUCUCACCGACUCAUACGUGCCUAACGACACAAACCUCGAAGGCAAAGGCACACGCGCUCUCCUUGUAACAGGUCCCAACAUGGGCGGAAAAUCUAGUUACGUCCGCCAAGUCGCGCUCAUCGCUAUCAUGGGUCAAAUAGGCUCCUAUGUCCCGGCCGCUUCUGCAAAGCUCGGUCUUUUAGACGCAGUCUUCACGCGCAUGGGUGCAUUCGACAACAUGCUCGCCGGCGAAUCAACCUUCAUGGUCGAACUCUCAGAAACAGCAGAUAUUCUCAAACAAGCAACGCCACGGUCUUUGGUGAUUCUCGACGAAUUGGGUCGUGGUACAUCGACUCACGAUGGUGUCGCCAUUGCCCAGGCUGUAUUAGACCACAUGGUUCGCUCGAUUCGCUCGCUGACGCUGUUCAUCACGCAUUACCAACAUCUCUCGCGAAUGGUUCAGUCAUUCCCGGAUAACGCGCUGCGGAAUGUUCAUAUGCGAUUUACGGAGUCUGGCUCUGAAGGCGACGAGGAGAUUACAUUUUUGUAUGAAGUGACUGAGGGCGUCGCGCAUCGAAGUUAUGGACUGAACGUGGCACGGCUGGCGAACUUGCCUUCUUCGUUGCUGGAUGUUGCGAAGCAAAAGAGCUCUGAACUUGAGGAGUUGAUUCGGAGGAAGAGGCUGGGUGCGCUUGUUGGUGCCGUAGGACGUGUUGUGCAGGAGGGCGAUGCGUCCGAGCCGAAGGACGAUCUUCUUGAUCGGUUGAUGGCAAGCGCCGAGCAGCUGUAA